GAGUGGCAAGAUGGCGACGGAACCAAAUAAGACAGAGAUCCUCAGCAUCUUCAAGAGGCUGAGAUCCGUUCCCACCAACAAGGUAUGUUUCGACUGCGCUGCUAAGAACCCCAGCUGGGCGAGUAUCCCCUACGGCGUGUUCCUGUGCAUCGACUGCUCGGGCAUCCACCGCUCCCUGGGCGUGCACCUCAGCUUCAUCAGAUCCACUGAGUUAGACUCCAACUGGAACUGGUUUCAGCUCAGAUGUAUGCAGGUCGGAGGCAACGCCAACGCGACGUCUUUCUUCCGCCAACAUGGCUGCUCUACAAACGACACCAAUGCCAAGUAUAACAGCCGUGCAGCCCAGAUGUACAGGGAGAAGGUUCGGCAGCAAGCUAAUGCUGCGUUGUCUAAAUAUGGCACAGAUCUCUGGAUCGACUCCUCUGCAGGAAGCACCCCAGCAGCUCCCGAGAAGAAGGAGACAGAUUUUUUUGCCGAGCACACACAGCCUGCUGAUGACUGGAGUAUGGCUCCGCCCUCUGAGCCCGAGCAGAACGGAGCCAACCUCUCUCAGCUGACAGACACGACACCCAGAGUCCCGGACGGCUCCCAGCUGGAGGACGGACCCAGCAUCGACGGCCUGAGCACGUCACCCAAAGCCUCCAUGGAUGUGAAAACGUCCCUCAUUGGGAAAAAGAAACCCAUGGCUGCCAAGAAAGGGCUGGGGGCCAAGAAGGGCCUGGGAGCCCAGAAGGUGAGCAGCAAGAGCUUCUCUGAGGUGGAGAAACAGGCUCAAGUCGCCGAGAAGCUCCGAGAGGAGCGGGCGGCUGAGGCAAAGAAACAAGCCGAGGAAUCCAUUGUGACGUCCAUGCGCUUGGCUUACAAAGAACUGGAGAUCGACCGGAAGAUGGAGGAAAAGAAAAUUCAGAACAUGGAGGGCAAGAAGAGGGAGCAGGCCGAGAGGCUGGGCAUGGGCUUCGGAAACAGGAGUGCCAUGUCUCACUCCGUGAUGUCAGAGAUGCAGGUGAUCGAGCAGGAAACUCCCGUCGGAGCCAAAUCCUCCUCUCGCUCCAAACUGGACAUGUUUGAUGAGCCGGGCUUCACGUCCGGACCGCCAAAGUAUAAGGACAACCCGUUCACCGUGGGCGAUAGCUUCGGCUCGCGGUGGGACACUGAGGGAGGAGGAGGCUCCUCCUUCACCACGUCCUGGGCUCUGGAGAAGGAGGACCCCAAAGACGAGGUCACCAUCUCUAGUAUUCAGCCAAUCGGAGAGAGACUUCCCAGCAGGAGGAAAGCUGAGGUGUCGGCUCCGGUGUCCGAGUCCAGCGAGGCCAGGGACAAGUUCGCCAACGCUAAGGCCAUCUCGUCCGACAUGUUCUUCGGUCGGGAGAGCACCGCCGAGUACGAUGCUAAGACGAGACUGGAGAGCAUGUCGGGCAGCACGUCCAUCAGCUCAGCCGACCUGUUCGGAGAAGACGGCGACCACAAAGGGAAUGCAGCUGGCUAUGACGGCGUGCUCCCCACGGGCCCGGACAUCGCACAGUUCAAACAGGGAGUGAAGAGCGUAGCGGGCAAGAUGGCCGUCCUCGCCAACGGGGUCAUGAACACGAUCCAGGAUCGUUACGGCUCCUACUGAUCAGCGGCCACGGGGGAAGACGUAGGAAGUGGCGCCCGAGCCGAGCGUCCUGACGACCACGAGCGUCUGGACGGGGACACGGGAGAGACGGCUGCGUGGGGAAGAGACUCCUCUUCUCUCUCAUCCCUCUUUUAGAGACAGUUCUCCAGGAGUGUGACAGUAUUUCCUCCUCUCGUUAGCAGACUCUCGUCUUAUUUUCAUAAAGGAAACCAUCGCAGUGUCGUCUUUUUUUAAACCAACAGUCGUGUUGUAAAAUACCACCGAGAAUUUUUUUUGGUCUUAGAUUUUCAAAGAGUUAACUCUUCUAUAUUUUAUUCCUUCUACAUAAAUCAAAGUGUUGUUAUUGAUGAUUAUUAUCAAAUUCGUCAUCUCUUGUUUUUAUCAUGAUAUUAAAAAAAGUCACAGUAUAUAUUUUUCUCUUUAAGCGUUCAGAGAAUCCAGUUCAGUUUGUAAACCGGUUGUUAGUCUGGAUCUUGUGUGUCUGUCCGGGUGAGGACUUAGUUCACUGAGUCACUGGAGAGUCAAACAUCCGAUGUCCUCGCUGGUUCUUCUCUCCUGAAGGCGUUGAACCCAGGAAGCGCUCGGAGGAGUCGGAGGCUUCUGCUUUGUGGUGUCGGAGCUGUUGGACAUUUCAACUUUAACCCAGAUUACUGUUAAAGUUGACGUGGAUCCCAGCUCAUUAAACAACGACACUGUCUCGACUGCAUCUCAGUUUCACUCCGACUGACUCUCUGAACCUCAGCACGUUCUGUGGAAGCUGCUGUUUCCCCUCGUCAGAUUAACCUUUUAUUUUGAAAGGCCGAUGUCGCCAGUUUACAGUUUAUCUUUUACUUUUCAGACAUGUUGGCCGAUGAAAAGACAAAGAACCAGUUCAGUUUCUGUGUAACUCUGACCAGGUCGCAUGCAAGUGAACACGAUCCCACUGUAGCGUCAGUUUCUGCUCGAGACGCGUGAAACGCACAACUUAUUGUUUUCCAUGACUGUUCCCGAACAAGAAAUGACCAACCACGCAGAUCGAAAGGAUGAAACAUUCAACUAUUUAUUUGUAGGCUACAAAAAGAAACUUAUUCAGUAUGUUAAUAAAGAUUUAAAACCUC